GAUUAAUAAUGAUAAUGUUGUUAUCAUCAUGUUAUUUCUUUUACAUAAUUCUAAUUAGCUGACAAUUAAUUUAUAAUAAUACUAACAUAAUAAAUAUUACGAUUAUUAUUAUUUUACACUGCAGCACUAAUAUUUCAAAAGCUUAACCAUUUUAAAUCCUCAAAUUUGAAAGAUGGUAAAAGGCCGCACUUCUGCCCAUAAAAAUAUGCCAAUAACGUAAACCUAAUGCACACUGCCUUCCCAAACGUUUCACCCUUAUACAGUUAUUGCGUACAGUUAUUGAUAACUGCAGCGUGCCAUGCACGAUUACCAUGUCGUCUCUCUUUUAUUUAUUUUGCUUUACAUUGGAUGUAAUGAAUUGCAGCUACCCUUUUGAAAGGACGCUGUUCCAAAAGCUGCUUUUUCAAGCACAAGACUUCUAUAAGAUGUGACGCUUGAGCAUAAACAAGUGUUUUCUAGUACAUUAUUUAGUAUAACCUUCACUGACCGGUCCGUCGCCCCCCGCCUCUUUAUCUUGGUUCGGCCUCCCCAUCCCGCUACUUUCUCUGCUGUGUUCUCUGCUGCAGUUUAAGUGUUAGCGUGUGCGAUUGUUAAUAAUUCAGUGUCAGCGUUGCAGCGCUCUGGUCUGAGACCGUGUGCUGAUACGCUCCUGCAGUCUGUGCUCUGACAGCUGCACCACUGAGAGAAAGAGAGAGAGAGAGAGAGAGAGAGACUGCAGGGAACACUGAGGAAAUCAAAUACACCCUCAGACACGCACCCAGGGAGCACCAGUCACUGCCCGCUCCCUCACACCCUGGAUCUUCUGCUCUCGCAGUUUCCUCAGUGAGCGCCCAGGAUCGUUUCUCGCUCGAGCUGGAGAAGAGAAGGUGGAAGAUGGUGGAAGCGAGGCCCGGAUGGACCCUGCGAUGGCCGGGUUGGCGGCUGUCGGUCUGCGUGCUGCUUCUCUGCGUGUUCGGGACGGCGGCGGGCCGCAGGGCUCCCAAAACCCCUCGAUGUCCAGCCACCUGCUCCUGUACCAAAGACAGUGCCUUCUGCGUGGACACCAAAGCCAUCCCCAAGAGUUUCCCGCCGGGAAUCAUCUCCCUGACUAUGGUGAACGCUGCUUUCACAGAGAUUCCUGAAGGAGCUUUUUCCCACAUGCACCUUCUGCAGUUCUUACUGUUGAACUCAAACACAUUCUCAGUGAUUUCUGAUAAUGCUUUUGCCGGUCUUGGACAUCUGCAGUACCUAUUUAUUGAGAAUAACGACAUCCAAGCCCUGUCAAAGCAUACAUUCAGAGGACUGAAGUCUCUAACACAUCUGUCUCUAUCCAACAACAACCUGCAGGUUCUUCCCAGAGAUCUCUUCAAGCACCUGGACAUCCUCACGGACCUAGACCUGCGAGGGAACUCGUUCCGUUGUGACUGUAAGAUCAAAUGGCUGGUGGACUGGAUGGAGAAGACCAACACCUCGGUUCCCGCCAUAUACUGCGCCAGUCCUUUUGAGUUCCAGGGUCGACGCAUCCAUGACCUCACACCCCGUGACUUCAACUGCAUUAGCGCGGAUUUUGCUGUAUACGAGACAUACUCCUUCCAGUCGCUGUCUGUGGAGUCGUACGAGUUUAACGACGACCAGUACGCCGUUUUCGCUCAGCCCAACACUGGGAUCUGCACCGUGUUCAUUUGGGAUCACGUGAACAUGCUAUUCAAGACACAUUACAACAUCACAUCUCGUUCUGCGGUGUAUUGUAAACCCGUGGUUAUCAACAACACUCUCUACAUGGUUGUGGCUCAGCUUUUUGGAGGAUCCCACAUUUACAAAUGGGAGGAAGGUCCAUUGCGCUUCGUCAAAAUCCAGGACAUCGAUACCACCCGUGUGCGUAAGCCCAACUUCGUCGAGACGUUCCAGAUUGAAGGAGACUGGUAUUUCGCGGUAGUGGACAGCUCUAAAGCCGGCUCCACCAGCCUAUACCGCUGGAACAGCAACGGCUUUUACUCCCACCAGUCCCUCCAUCCCUGGCACAGGGACACUCACAUCGACUUCCUGGAGGUGGACGGCAAGCCUCGCCUCAUCCUCUCCAGCUCCUCGCAGCCCCCCGUGGUGUAUCAGUGGAACCGCAGCCAGCGCCAGUUCGCCUACCACUCCCAGAUCACCGAUUCGGGCGAUGUGCAGAUGGUCAAGCACUUCUGGGUCCGGAAAGCGCUUUAUCUCUGCCUCACGCGCUUCAUAGGAGACUCGAAGAUCCUGCGCUGGGACAACCAGCGCUUCGUAGAGAUUCAAACCCUGCCUUCCCGGGGCUCGAUGGCCGUGUACCCGUUCAGCGUCGGAGUGAGGCAGUACCUCCUGCUCGGCAGCGAUUACUCCUUCUCUCGGAUCUACCUGUGGGACGAGCUCACUCAGAGAUUCCAGCCCUUCCAGGAGCUCAACAUGCUCGCGCCUCGAGGCUUCAGCCUGCUUUCUGUGGACAAUAAGGACAUUCUGUUAGCGGCCAGUUUUAAAGGAAAGACCAUGGCCUACCAGCAUCUAGUGGUGGAUCUCAGCGCCAAAUAGGCAGCUGGAGAGGUUUUUGUGUAAGUGCGUAAAUGCCAAGAAGUGCAAAACUCACACACUUUUCUACAUCUGCAUUCACACACGGAUUGGUUCUAUCUUUGCUAAAUACUCAUACAUUAGUGACUGUGUAAGCCAUCAUCAACUCAAUAAACGUCUUAAAAUCUUAAAACCAAUUAGCCAUGUUUAGGUCUUUAAGUAGCCUAAAUCAGUGCUGUCCAAUGAUUAAUUGCAUCCAAAAUUUUUAUUUUUAUUUUUUUUUUACAUAAUAUAUGUGUGCACUGUCUAUACUGUCUCUAUUUAAGUAUACGUAAAAAAACAACAACAAUAAAUCAAUAUAAUCACAUCAAUAUAGUUCAAAUUUACAUAUAAAUAUAUAAAGUAGACACACAUAUUAUGUAAACAAAACGUUUUAUUUAGAUGUGAUUAAUCAGUUUACAGCACUAGCCUAAAUAACCAUAUGCAUUGCAAUUAUUAAGUUUUGUUGAUAGGAUGUACGUUGUUCAGCAGUUUCAUUUCCAAAAGGUGAAUGAUAGUUUUAGACAGAUGUUGCUCCCUGAUUCGUGUAUCAUCAUAACAGGAAUAUAAACACUUCAGGAAAAACAGCAAAACUUCAUGUCCGUUACUCGGUUGAGCUUGACUGUUAAGGCUUUGCUUUAGGGAUUUUCUACGAAGAUUAUUCUCUGAAAGCGGACAACACUUACUAACCGACAGGUCAUUAUAACCCAUCUGCUGUCAUCAGCAUGCAUUGCAGUAAAUGACUGUGGUGGAAAUGUGAUUUAUGUCACAAUAUAAAGUAAAAAAAAAUAAAAAUAUUUUUUUCUUCCCGUCUAUAA